UCGAGAGUGCUGAUAUAGUUUCCUGUAAGUGUCUGCAAAGCUGCACUUCCAUACUUGAAAAGGAACUAAGUGGUGAGGAAAAGCUGAGCUGUGACAAGUUACCCUGGCGAGGGUCAAGGAUGAAUGGCAAGUCAGACGUGAAGACACUGUUGGCAAGGUUCGAUGACAAGUCAGUAGAGAAGCUACCUACCCGAGGUUCCCAGAAGCUCACCGUCGCCUCCCACACUCAGCUCCAGAGGAACAUGUCUUCCGUGGCCAGUAAGGCUGCUGCCUUUGAAAGUUCUUCGACAUCCAAGUUCCCAUUGAACAGGACCACUGGUUCCUUCAGUGAGAAACCCAGCCCGGCCACUGACAAGCCUGCCUUCCCCAAGCCGUCAGCUGUGAAAGCUCAGCAGGAGGCCAAGGAACCCAAGCCUCCAUUUCCAAAACCGAGCGUUGGGAUCAAACACUCCCUGAACACGUUCAACGCUCAGAGAGAGGAGAAGGAUGAGAAGUCUCCCUUUGCAAAGUUUGGUCUGAGGUCAACAGCGGAUGCCGAAAGCACGCAAAAAGAGAAUGAAGUCCAUCCAACCUUUCCCAAGCCAUCGGCCUUUUCCAAACCAUUAAAUCCUGUAAAUUCAAACGAAAACAAACUAGUUUUCUCCAAAAACCAAUUCGUCAAGCCAAAUUCCCAAGCUGGGAAUGUGAGCACAGACCGGCCUUUGAAGCCCACCUUCCCCAAGCCGCCCGGGCCAAAGCCUUGGAAUGACCACUCCAGCACUCCGAAGGAAAAUACCGAUGGUGCUAAGAAGGAGGAGAGCGGGAACGAGAAAAGCAGCGGGCACUUCCCCCUCAGGCCGCUCAAACCCGUGGGCGAGCAGGCAAAGCCUCCUGGCCAGGGGGGCGAGGACAAGGUGGGCACGGCGAGCGAGGUCAAGAGUGAAAACUUGAGGCCCUCGGCCCUGAAGAGCUUCCCUCCAAGAGCCAAGCAGGAGGAGAUCACCUCCGCUCCUAGCGGACCCAGCAAGUUCAUGAAGCUGCAGAGCCAGUUCCAGAACAAGGUGCAGAGCCAGGAAAAUGAGGACGGACAGAAGGAUCCAAACGCUCCCAAGCGGAAGAGCCUGCCUGCUCUAUGGACCCUGGGACCUCCCCCCCAGAAACCCAACAGACCACCGACAGUGAACUUGGAGCAGUUCAGGAAACCACAGGAGAAGCAGCACCCUCCAACCCCAGUUUCCCACCGAGAAGCCAGUAAACUACUGUCUGCACCUGGGCCCCCGGUGCCCAAUCUGCCUCCUCGCCCUAUGACCAACAAACCACUCGACAUCAUCCCGACGACAGAAGAGGAAGAGGAGGAGAAUUAUGACGACGUGCAAUGUGUGGAUCAAGUACCCCCACCCCUUCCACCAGUGAAACCAGAAGAUCGCAGGAGGCAGAUGGCUUCCAACUGUGGAGAGGAGAAAGGUGACUCGGAUGGUGAAAUGUACGAAGAUUUGGACAGCUACAGGUCUCGAAAGGAGCUGAAAGAGCAAGAGAGGAAACGAGAGAAGGAGGAAAAGAGAAGACAGGAACAGGAGAAGAAGGAACAGAAGGAGAAAAAGAGGGAGCAGGAGAUGAGGAAGAAGUUCAAGUUCUCGGGACCGAUCGAGGUGAUCCAGACCGUGAAGGUGACGAUGGACUACAAGGGCGGAAAAAACGAGCUGAGCUGCAAGCAGGGAGACUUCCUUGAGGUCAUUCGCAUCACAGACAAUCCUGAGGGCAAGUGGCUGGCGAGGGGGCUGGACGGUUCAUAUGGCUACAUUAAGGUGACCUGUGUGGACAUCAACUACGAUGAGAUACGGAAGAAAACAAUUGGCAAGGCCAAAGAAUCUGCGGCCAUAAGUCAGGCCAUAAAGCAACCAGUCCAGGAUCAGGAACUCUACGAUGACGUUGCACCAACCAAUGACAUCAGCAUAGGUACCGGGAAUAACAGUGCAAGUGGAAGUGGGGCUUUCCCUCCGCCUCCCAUCAGCGAAGAAAUCUACGAUGAUGUGGAUGAAAUACCUGAAGACAUUAACCCUGCGUCACAGGAUGCCUCAAAAUUUGGGUCCUGGUCCUGGGGACUCUUGAAGAAGAAGAAGCUGGAGACAGACGUCAAAGACAAAAAGGCGAAAGAAAAGGAGAGCAGUGAAAUUCAGGGUGAAAACAGUGAACGCCGGCUCCCGUCCAUCCCUACAACAGCAGAGCUUGCAGCAGGCGAAGACGUCUAUGAUGAUGUUGGUGCCGAUGACUUCCCACCCCCGCCACCCGAAUUCAGUUUGAAAAUGGGAACACCAAAUAAAGGCAAAAAAGAUGAAAAGGAUCCAAAAAAAAUCAAAAAGUUAGAGAAAGAGGAAAAAGACUUCAGGAAAAAAUUUAAAUACGAUGGAGAAAUCAGAGUUCUAGGAACUACUCAAGUCGCUCAAAACAUAAGUAAUAAGAAAUGGGGCAACCGAGACCUACCAGUGAAAGCAGGUGAAAUUUUAGACAUUAUACAGCACACUGAUGACAUUAAACUGCUCUGCCGGAACGAAGAUGGAAAAUUUGGAUAUGUUCAAAAAGUCAACUUAGUAACAGGAAAUGCAGAAAUGGAUGGCGAGAUCUACGAUGAUAUUGAUGCAGAAUGUAUCUACGAUAAUGACUGAGCAUGACUCCAAGGAAUUGGAAAGAGCUGCCACUGUCCAGUUCAUCUCCUUCCAUUUGCACUGUUUGACAAUCCAGAACAUUCACUUUACGAAGAAAGGAAAUCUGAAAGUUCUUCAGCAGGCUCAUCUCUCAAAAGCUAACAGUGAGCUAUUCCCAUUCCCACUACACAGCGAAGAAUCCAUAAAAACAAAAGACUGCCAAGGCACAUUGUGCUUCAUCAUUAAUAUUUGAACAGAUUAUCUACUCAAACAUUAUGAAUUAUGGAUCUCCCUUGAGAAUACGAAUUAUUUAUAUUUGAGAAUUUAAACUAAUCCAAUAAUUUUGAAGACUUUGAACAGUCAAUUAUUUGUUGCUUGAACAUAUUUUGUUGUCUAUAUUCCUGAGAACAAUUUUUGGAACACGUAAUUUGACAGGAUGCAAUACUGCUAAUCCUCACUUCCAGUGAGUGAAGUAGACAAACAUGUGCAUUGAAGUACAUCCUACAUUUGUAAGUAUCGUUAAAUAUCUCUAAUCUUGUGUUCUAAAUGAAGUCUAUUUGUAACCAUACCCUUGCUUCUUUUGUGUAAAGUUAGUUACGGGCAGUACUUACCCUGGUUUUUGUAUGAUUGAAGGAAGUAUGUCUAAAUUGAAGGAUACUCUUUAUUCUUUGAAGGUAGUACUCUCCAUCCAGCUGCUGUGUCAGCGUGGGGAGAUAAGAAGGUUACAAACAUUUUUAAGAGGAGACUUUCAUUUUAUGGUAUUUCCCAAGAAGUGAUGGAGAGCUGGUUCAUUUCCCCUCAGAUGAAAUCUAAUCUGGAAGUUGCUCAUUAAAUUAAAAUCUCUAUGAUUAAAAUUUGAAUAUGAAACUUUGCUGAAAGGAGCACACGGUUGUGAUAUGCUUUUCACUGACAAAUCUCUGGGAGCAAUGCCAGUAAAUGAAAAUGGAAAAGAGCAAGAGAGAUUGGGAGGAGAGACUUCCAGAUAACAGCAGACAUGAAAAUACAGAAGUGCCCAGCCUCAGAUACCUUUCCUGACUGGGAAUCCACUCCAAAGGGUCAAACUUUACCUAAAGUUCAUUGAGGCAAGUUUUGGUCUCUCCGGAACAAGCAAAAUGACAUAUAUUUUCAAGAUGUUCUACAAUCACCAUGUUUUACCAAAUCAGUUUUUGUAGGGUCAUACAGCAUAGAAACAGGCCCUUCAGCCCAAAUCAUCCAUGCUGACCAAGAUGUCUAUCUGAGCUAGUCCCAUUUGCCUGCAUUUGGCCCGUAUCCUUCUAGGCCUUUUCUAUCCAUGUGCCUGUCCAAGCAUCUUUUAAACAUCGUCAUUGUACCCGCCUCUACCACUUCCUCUGGCAGCUCGUUCCAUAUACUCUCUGCCCUCUUGUGUGAAAAAGUUGCCCCCCCGGGUCCCCUUUAAACCUUUCCCGUCUCACCUUAAACCUAUGACUUCUGGUUUUAGACUUCCCUGCCCUGGGAAAAAGACCAUGCUCCUCAUCUAUGCCCCUCAUGAUUUUAUAUACCUCUAUAAGGUCACCCCUCAGCCUCCUACACUCCAGGAAAAACAUUCCCAGUCUCGCCAGCCCUCCUUAUAACUCAAUAUCUACCUUCAGUGAACAAAUCACAAGUAAAUUAUUCCCACAAGCAGUCAUCGUACUUUGGAAUAUUGACCAGGGAGACUUCACAGAGCAUCUUAUAUUAAUGCAUACUUAUCCUUACUAGGUCUAAGUAAUGGAAAGAAAGAAAAAUGUUUUAAAAUAUGUUGUGUAAUAGCAGAAGAUUGAACAACUAGCUUACUUGUUAGGGAAAUCUGUGUGUUAAAAUGCAACCUUAAAAAUAUAGAGAAAUAAAACUCACAUAAGAUGUAAAGGGGA